AUGUGGAUCGGUGUGUUCCCGAGCUUCUUUGAUCGCGUAACGCAAGGGUUACGCGACGAUCUCGAGCAUGAGCGGAAUAGGCGUCUCCAGAUGGUGGACACUGCCUCGAAGCAUCGAGCUGAGUUUGCCUUUGCUCAGCUUGAGGAACGAGAGAUCUCUGACAUCUCUUCGUGA